GCUCUAUAAUCUCACGCGAACCAUCAUCUCUCUCACGUCUGAACCACCACCUUGAUACAUCAUGGCUGCCAGUUGUGAAAACUGCAAAAAAGGAUAUAUCAUCCCCGGAGAACCAACCGGCACCAUGGUUGGCGGUGCCUACUUUCGUACUGCGCCAUCUGGCACGGAAUCCAAGAGCGCCAUCGUACUGCUCACGGAUAUCUUCGGGCUGCCUCUGAUCAACUCGAAGAUCAUCGCGGAUCUGCUGGCCGAGAAGACUGGAUUCGAUGUAUGGGUCCCGGAUCUUUUUGAUGGACGUCCUGCGUUCGAGGUGGACGACCUUGAGCCCUUGGUCCCACAACGCCCUGGAGAGAAGAUGACAUUAUGGAGCAAGCUCAGACUCGUAGUCGUCGCCCUGACUCGUUUGCUUCGUAUCUUCGCCGUCCGCCAGUCUGUCGUCGAUCCUAGGGCCACAUCCUUCAUCGAGAAAAUCAAGGCCGAGAAGAAAUACGAGAAGAUUGGAUGCGUCGGCUACUGUUUCGGUGCGGGUGUCGCGGUCAGGAUCGCACCGGGAAACCCAAAUGUGAAUUCCUUGGUACUCUGCCAUCCAUCUGCGCUCAAGGAAGAGCAGAUCGAAGCUAUUAAGGUUCCUUCGGCAUGGGCAUGCGCAGAAGACGAUAUGGCAUUCACACCGGAUAUCCGGAGUGAGGCCGAAGCCGUCUUCGCUGCUCGCAAGGACAAGCCCGAAUAUGUUGACUACGAAUUCGUGGACUACAAAGGAACUGUGCAUGGAUUCGCCGCCAGACCAAACCUGAGCAUGCCCGACGUGAAAGAGGCAUAUGAAGGCGCUCUGGAACAGACGGCUGCAUGGUUCAAGAAGACGCUCUAGGGUAUGGCUGCAUUCUCACUUUUGGUUUGAUUCUACCUGAGAGGCCUAUGACGGUCUUGUUUAAGUAUGCCGGUUUUAUGGUGGUGUUUGAUUGUGGUGCCACGCGGCUUAUAUUCUGCGUGUAUGGGCCUUCUGUUCAUCGUGUAAUCUGAAUAAUACCCCUACCUAUGCUCGAAAUGCGUGUCCGUCAUUCGAGAC